GCGAGCGGGUGAGCGGGCGGGCAGCUCCAGAGUUCCCCGGCGGCGGCGGCGGCGGGCCAGGCGUUCUAGCCGAGCGCGAGGCCGGCGCUGAGCUCGCCCCAGAGACCGCGUCUCCUCGACCGGACGCAGACGGCGGCUGGGCGGCUCGCGGAGGAUUGGGAGGGCGCGGUCCGGGUCGGGGGCUUUCUCCCGGCCGCUUCCCGCCGGGUGUGGGUUCGAGGCGCCUCCGGGGAAGCCGCGGCCCCGAGGGCAGAUCCGAGCUUUGGCCAUUGGGAGCUCUUUCAGUUGGUUCCUGUCCUCCUUUGCCAUAUCUCCAUUAAUAACAUUAAAGUCACAAUGAAUGGUCAUAUUUCUAAUCAUCCCAGUGGUUUUGGAAUGUAUCCAACUCAAAUGAAUGGCUACGGAUCAUCACCCACCUUUUCCAUGGACAGAGAACACAGUUCAAAAACAAGUGCAAAGGCUCUCUAUGGACCAGAUGGAUCAUACUUCUUCAGAUCAUCAUCCAAACAGAAAAAGAAAGAACAAAGGAAGAAUUAUGCACGGGAUAGUGUCAGCAGCGUGUCAGAUAUAUCCCAAUACCAUGUUGAACACUUGACUACCUUUGUUCUGGAUCGGAAAGAUGCUAUGAUAACUGUUGACGAUGGAAUAAGGAAGCUGAAAUUGCUUGAUGCCAAGGGCAAAGUGUGGACUCAAGAUAUGAUUCUUCAAGUGGACGAGAGAGCUGUGAGCCUGAUUGAUUUAGAAUCAAAGAAUGAACUGGAGAAUUUUCCUUUGAACACAAUCCAGCACUGCCAAGCUGUGAUGCACUCCUGUAACUAUGAUUCAGUUCUUGCCCUCGUGUGCAAAGAGUCAACUCAGAACAAGCCCGAUCUUCAUCUUUUCCAGUGUGAUGAGAUUAAGGCGAACCUAAUUAGUGAAGAUAUUGAAAGUGCAAUCAGCGACAGUAAAGGAGGGAAACAGAAGAGGCGGCCUGAUGUCCUGAGGAUGAUUUCCAAAGCAGACCCUGGUAUACCGCCUCCACCCAGAGCUCCCGCCCCUGUGCCACCUGGGACUGUGACCCAGGUGGAUGUUAGAAGUCGGGUGGCAGCCUGGUCCGCAUUGGCAGCUGACCAAGGGGACUUUGAGAAACAAAGGCAUUAUUAUCAGCAGGAAGAAACACCUGAGAUGAUGGCAGCUCGCAUUGACAGAGAUGUGCAAAUCUUAAACCACAUUUUGGAUGACAUUGAAUUUUUUAUCACAAAACUCCAAAAAGCAGCUGAAGCAUUUUCUGAGCUUUCUAAAAGGAAGAAAACUAAGAAAGGUAAAAAGAAAGGACCAGGAGAGGGUGUUUUAACACUGAGGGCAAAACCUCCACCUCCUGACUUAUUUAUUGACUGUUUCCAAAAGUUUAAACAUGGAUUUAACCUUCUGGCCAAAUUGAAGUCUCACAUCCAGAAUCCUAGUGCUGCAGAUUUGGUUCAUUUUUUAUUUACUCCAUUAAAUAUGGUUGUGCAGGCAACAGGAGGUCCUGAACUAGCCAGUUCAGUACUCAGCCCCCUACUGACUAAGGACACAAUCGAUUUCUUGAGUUACACUGUCAAUGUCGAUGAGAGGCAGCUGUGGGUGUCAUUGGGAGACUCGUGGAUGAAAGCCAGAGCAGAGUGGCCAAAAGAACAGUUUAUCCCACCCUACGUCCCACGGUUCCGCAGUGGUUGGGAGCCCCCGAUGCUGAACUUCAUGGGAGCAUCAGUGGAGCCGGAUCUCUAUCAACUGCCUGAGUCUGUGGCAGACGCAGCAGAACAUCAUCGCAAGCAAGAAACAAAAAGAUUAUCCACAGAGCACUCCAGUGUAUCAGAGUAUCCUCCAGCUGAUGGGUACACAGUAUUCAAUAACAUUUAUGGAAGAGGGCCCCAUCUGGACCAAGGGGAAGCCGCUGUUGCUUUUAAGCCAACUCCUCAUCGCCAUGUAGAUAGAAAUUAUGAUCUACAACCCAAGAAAUAUGCCAAAUCCAGGUAUGACUUUGUGGCAAGGAACCACAGUGAGCUCUCAGUUCAAAAGGAUGAUAUUUUAGAGAUCCUUGAUGAUAGGAAGCAAUGGUGGAAAGUUCGAAAUGCAAGUGGAGAUUCUGGAUUUGUGCCAAACAACAUUUUGGAUAUCGUGAGACCUCCAGAGUCUGGAUUGGGGCGUGCUGAUCCACCUUACACGCAUACCAUACAGAAACAAAGGAUGGAGUAUGGUCCAAGAGCAAUGGACAUUCCCUCUGCUCCAUCGCCUCCUCCAACACCAGCUCCUGUUCCUGUUCCCCUCCCACCUUCUGCUUCAGCACCUGUUCCUGUGUCAAAGGUCCCAGCAAAUGUAACCCGUCAGAACAGCAGCUCCAGUGACAGUGGUGGCAGUAUUGUGCGAGAUAGCCAACGACAAAAACAAGUUCCUGUUGACCGAAGGAAAUCUCAGAUGGAGGAAGUGCAGGAUGAACUCAUCCACAGACUGACCAUUGGUCGGAGCACCGCACAGAAGAAGUUCCACGUGCCACGGCAGAAUGUGCCAGUUGUCAAUAUCACUUAUGACUCCACCCCAGAGGACGUGAAGACAUGGUUGCAGUCAAAGGGGUUCAACCCUGUAACUGUAAAUAGUCUUGGAGUAUUAAAUGGUGCACAACUUUUCUCUCUCAAUAAAGAUGAACUGAGAACCGUCUGCCCUGAAGGGGCCAGAGUCUUUAGCCAAAUUACUGUACAGAAAGCUGCAUUAGAGGAUAACAACGGCAGCUCUGAGUUGCAAGAAAUCAUGCGAAGACGACAGGAAAAAAUCAGUGCUGCUGCUAGCGAUUCAGGAGUGGAAUCUUUUGAUGAGGGAAGCAGUCACUAAUUAGUUUUUAAACUCCAUUAUUCUUGGCAUUAUUCCAACGUGCUUUGUUUUAAGAAGCCAUGAAGGGAAUGUCAGAUUCUUAUUUCUUGGUAUACAGAAUUUAUCGCCAUAAAGAAACAAUGAAAACAUGAGUAAGCAGAGAACUUGCUCCUGGGCCCGUGAUUUUUAUUAAAAUGAAAAAAUGUUAAACAGAAUUUCUCACCUUGGGAAUAUUUUGCCUACUUUACCAAGGUGAGGUUUCCGUUAUUGGAUUAAUUAUUUCAUCCCCAUCUCAAUGCCUAAGCAGACUUUUUUUUUUUUUUUUUGACAGCGGUGAGUUUAUUUAUUGCAACAAAACAGAGAUAUUGCCCAUGAUUCAAAAUCUAAACAAUUUCAGUUUUGCCUGUGACUAUGGUAGGUAUCAUCCAGGGUGUAGCUGACUUUAGGCUAGCCCCUGCUUACUUAGGUCUCUUCUUCAACAUACUCAAUAAUAGGAUGUUUAGAUUUAUUUAAAGUUCUUAAUGCCAACAGUUUUUUAAAAAGAUUAAAACAUUUAAUGAACUGUAAAAUACAACAAGACCUUGGACAUACAAAUAGAAACCUUUGGAGCAUUCCCGAGACAUUUUAUCUGUCGUGGCUCUGUUGAUCACAAUUCCUUGUAUAGCUUGUAUUUUGAUUCAGUUUAUAUUCUGCUUAUUAUCUAUACUGUGUUCUUAUAUAUGAGAAAGCACAAGUGUAAAAGAGGUCAUAUACAUUCAAAAUCUGUCACAGGAAAUAGCCUGCAUUGGUGUGUGUUACAGUAUUCUGUUUAAGGAAGGCCUCAGUUCUGAAUAUUGAUAUAAGUAGUUAAGAGCAAAUUGGGGCCAUUUUAUGAGUUUAUCUGUGUCAAGUUUUUCUGGUAAUAAGAAAUAAUAUACACAUACUUUAAUCCUGUGAAAGAUUCUAGGUAGAGAAAAGAAAGACUUAACCUUCAACAAAUGUUAUUUUUGAAAACAUGAUUUUUGUCAUUAAAUGUUAUAUUAUUUCACAUAUAUAAAACAGAUGUUAUGUAAGAAUGUUGUAUAUUUUAACAUAAAUCCAUUUAGAGAGAUUAUCUAGAUUCAUUAAUUUUCAUAGUGCCUUUUUCACAUGAGUCAGCUGGAAAGUCUGCAAUAAACAGUAU